AUGGCCCAGGAGUUCUCCAGCCAGGCACGGAAGCUGCCGCCGUGGAUGUGGUACUCCGUGCUGUCCCAACUCAUCAGCCGCGCCCUGCAGCCAGAUCUGCAGGCCAUCUUCUUGGACAUCAUCAAGGACGUGGUGAAAGCCUAUCCUCAGCAGUCCGGGUGGCACUUGAUGCAGCUCCUCAAGUCUUCGGACAAGCUGAACCACUACGACCUCGGCCAGAAGAUCGUUUAUCAGUGCGGCAAGGAAAAGCGGGAGUUGCACCCCUUGCUGUCCAAGAGGUGCGCCAUAGCGGAGGACCUCAUCGCCCUGGCCGGGUGCCCCGGGGACUCGGUGCAGCUGGGCAAGAGCUUCCCGCGCCUCGCUGGCCAGAGCUCCUUCAGCAACGACAAGUGGAUGGUGCUGGUGCCGGUGACGAGUCAGAUGACCGCCACCAUACCCAGGAUGGACGGGCCCAGCCAGAUCAAGCAGGGCACCAACUUCUUCCCCGCGGAGAUCCUCUCCGAGAAGUGCUUCGAGCAUGUGGAAGUCUUCCGCUCCAAGGAGCGGCCUAAGAAGCUCACCUUCCUGGGCGUCGACGGCAGGUCCUAUCCCUUCCUCUGCAAGGCUGAGAAGCGCGGAGACCUCCGCAAGGACUCCAGGCUCAUGGAGUUUGCCACCAUGGUGAACCAACUGCUCGCAAAAAGCCCGGACGCGAAUCGUCGGAACCUGGCGGUGAGGACCUUUCAGGUGGUGAUCCUGUCCGAGAAGUGUGGGCUCAUCGAGUGGGUGCCAAACACCAAGGGCCUGCGCAACGUCAUCGACGAGCUCUGGAAGUCUCGGAAGACGCCGCGCCAGGGCCUCAAUGAGAUCAAAGACCUCUUCGACCGCUCCAAGGACCUCUACGAGACCUUCACCCGCCAGGUGUUGCCAAGACACCCGCCCAUCCUGCACAGGUGGUUUAUGCAGUGCGGGGACCCUUCCGUUUGGUUCGCCCGGCGCAUGCUCUUCAGCCAAUCCCAGGCGCUUUGGUGCAUGCUCGGGUAUCUCCUGGGCCUGGGAGAUCGGCACUGCGAGAAUAUCCUCAUCGACACGGAGUCUGGGAGGAUGGUGCACGUGGACUUUGACUGCCUCUUUGGCAAAGGCAUGCUGCUGGAGCGUCCCGAGAUGGUGCCCUUCCGCCUCACGCAGAACUGCGUGGCGGCCAUGGGCGUCACCGGCGUGGAGGGCGUCUUCCGGACCUGCUGCGAGGUGACAAUGGAGGUGCUAAGGGACAAGGGCAACACCCAGACCUUGCUCUCGGUCUUGCAUGUCUUUGUUGCGGAUCCCCUUUUGGAGAUCACGCGCAAGCCGGCCAAGGAGGCCAACCCGGAGGAUCAUCGCGUCCAAAUCGCCAGAGACACCAUCGGGGACGUGGAGAAGAAGCUGAAGGGCAUGCUGAAUGUGGGUGCAGCUGUGGCGAGUGAUGCCAAGGAUACGCGGGAAUCCGUGCUGUCCAAAGAUGAGCGGAUGCGCAGUCUGCUCGGCCGCGAUCGCGGGGUGGGCCUUUCCGUGAAGGGCCAGGUGGAUGAAUUGAUCAAGGCGGCAACAUGCAAGCGGAACCUGAGCGAGAUGUACGUAGGCUGGCAACCAUGGCUCUGA